AUUUUCUCUCUGGUCUUCUGUACAUUUCCUCUCUCCUUUUCUGUAAAGACAAAAUCCGUGGAUCUAUCCUUCUCCUCACAUUCUCUCCACUUUCCGUCUCCGCCUCUAACUACCACUGCUGCGCCUCUCCCCUCCGCUCCGCAUAUCCAAGAUCACCAAUGCCUUUUCUUCAGAUCUAUCUUCACUAACCAUCCAAUUUCCCUUCCCUGUCUAUAUAUCUCCACCAAUUCAAUUCGCAGUGAGUAAGGAAAAUGUGCAGUGUUCUUUCAGAUCCGACGUUCGGAAUUCAUCUGGCCCCUGUCGACCACUUCGACUGCUUGCCUGAUUCGCUUCUUCUUCUUGUCUUCAACAAGAUCGGUGACGUUAAGGCGUUGGGCCGAUGCUGUGUGGUUUCCCGCCGGUUUCACUCCCUUGUUCCUCAGGUUGACAACGUUGUUGUUCGGGUUGAUUGUGUCAUUUCCGAUGACGAUUCGUCCUCGUCUUCUUCAUCCUCGGACAAGUCCCGGGUGGCUGGCCCGUUUUCCAACCUGGUUAGGCUUUUGUUUGGGGGCAUUGUGAAGCCUCUGCAGGCGAUUGGUCAGUUUCUUGUGCCUAAACGGGGAAUAGCGAGUGAUAAUCUAGCCACUGGUUCUUCUUCUUACUCUGUUGGUAGUGGAGGUGAAGAUGACGGAGAGAUGGACCGGGGUGGAGUCACGCAUCACUCCCCUACGCAGGUAUUGAGAAAUUUUAACGAGAUUCGGUUCCUCCGAAUUGAGCUGCCCGACGGGGAGCUGGGGAUCGAUGACGGUGUGUUGUUGAAGUGGAGGGCCGAUUACGGGUCUACCCUUGACAACUGCGUGAUUCUUGGUGCAUCCUCUGUGAUCAACAGUAAAAAUUUGCAGGGGCUGGACAGUGGGGCUGAUGGGUUUUGUGCGAGCGGUGGUGCUGUUGUUGCUGAGGAUAAUGGGGUCAUACCGGAAUCCUUUCAAACCAACGGUAGCUUAAAACUAAGGGUGGUUUGGACGAUAAGCUCAUUGAUUGCUGCAUCUGCGAGGCAUUAUUUGCUUCAACCAAUCAUCGCAGAGCACAAGACCCUCGAUAGCUUGGUCUUGACGGAUGCUGAUGGGCAAGGGGUGCUCUGUAUGAAUCGGGAUCAGCUUGAGGAGUUAAGAGUGAAGCCCUUAUCAGCUUCUUCUGCCUCUAAGAGGACGCUUGUGCCAGCGCUGAAUAUGAGGCUCUGGUAUGCUCCGCACCUGGAGUUACCCGAUGGGACAGUGUUGAAAGGCGCGACUCUGGUUGCAAUAAAGCCUAGCGAGCAGUCUGCUUCCAAGAAGGAGGUGUCCGAUGGGUCUUGGUUAUCGAAUGCAUUUCAGGAACCAUAUGGCACCGCGGCAAAGAUGCUUGUCAAGAGACGGACCUACUCUUUGGAGAUGAACUCGUUUUGAUCUGAGGGAAAGCACAAUGGUUAAAGGAAGAAGAGAUAUGCAUGCUUCCACAAUAUGAAGAUUCAGGCAACAAUUUUGUUUAAUCAUAGUUUGUGCUGAGUCCCAUAAAGCUAAAUCUACUUUGGACCACCGGGGAAACACAAAUCAUGCAUGUUCAUAAAGUGCUGCAAGUCUCUCUGCGCUUAUGUGCUUGAACUGAUAACUGAAAUGCAUCUGCUGGCUGUUUUUAUUUGAGGCAUAUGCUUUGAGACUGCACACCUGCAACUAAAUUGGUUUUGUUAGAGCUUUGAGUUUGUAGUUUUACCAUAUCCAUAAUCCCCCUAAUGUGAAUAUUGUAGGUAUGAAUAUGUCAUGCUUAUGUUAUAUACUUCUGAAGUUCAUCAAGCAAUGUAGUUUUCCUUUAGCUUAAUGUUUCCUGGAUUAAUAAAUUUUAGCGUGUUACAAUGGAAUGUAUUAAUUCUGCAGUUCUGUCAUUGCAAAUUCUUAGAUGGUUGCUUCUGAUAAUGAAUUCAUGAUUUACUU